AUGGUGUAUACAUCAUCAGGAUGUACUCAAUUUCAAAGAGACUCAAUUCAAAUUUACUCUACUUAAAACGAAUAAGUAAUGUUGAAAUAUGAAGAUAUAUUUAUAAACAGAGAUUUUAGCAAUGUUUCAAUAAUAGACUAAUCAGAAACUCUUAGUUAUAUUAAUCCAAUAAAAUUAUUGGAAUAAGUCGAUAAUGAUUCCUCUUCAAUUUUGGCUAUUAAUGUUUUAUUAUAAGAUCUAAGUUAUGAAUGGAAGAAUAGAUUUACAGCAUUGGUAAAAAAUAAUUUGAAAUAUAAAAUCUCUAUUAGUAACUAAAUAAAUACAGGUUAGCAUAGUAGAAUACCUAUAUUUGAUAAAUUCAGCACAGAAAUAGAUGCAGAUAUUUGUUAUGAUUUAGCAUUUUUAUCUAAUUCAAUUAUUGUAGCUGAUUGUGCUUAUGUAGAACAAAAUGGAGGAAUGUAAAAUAUUAUGUUUUUUUGGAAUGAUGAAACUCAAACAUUUAUGAAAAGUGAAAAUGAUAACUUAAUUGGUUAUACUUCUACUAUUAAAAGAAAAUUAUUGGUUGCUAAUUAAUAAUUAUUUAGAGCAUCACUUUAUAAUAAGGAUCAAUCAUAAUAUGAUUCAGUCUUAGAAGUAUUUAAUCAAUAAGGUACAUUGGAAUAUUAUAUUGAUACAAAUACUCUUAAGUACUUAACUUCUAAUACAUAAAAUCUAUAGAUAGUUGAUUUUCGUAUAAGCACAGUAGGUUAAAUAGCAAUUUUGAAUUAUGAUGGAUGUAUUUUAGUAUUAAAUUAUUCAAAACGUGAAACCUAAUGGAAAUUAUUGCAUGAAUUUUAACAUGGACAAAAUGCAAAAUCAUUUGAUUUUAAUUUCAAAAUUGGUACUUAUGUUAUAAACUUUGGAGAAAAAAUUCUAUUUUAGAGUCUUACAAAUUAAUUUUCAUUAACCCUUAACACUUCAAUUGAUUAAAUUUAUAUUACAUAAUCUGUAAUAUUUACAUUAUCAUAAAAUACAAUAAUAAGAACAUUUGAUUAAUAAUUAAAUAGUAUCUCUUAAAUAGAAGUAUCAAAUUUAAAGUUCAUAUUAAAUGAUUACACAUAAGAUGAUAUAAUAGUUAUUAAAUAAAAUAAUAUUGGAAGAUAUCUACUAAUCAAGUAGCAUACUUUAAUCUUUAAAUCAAAGUAAAUAUAUGAAGAUACACAUGUAUCCUAACUUAUUUAAUAUCUAUCUAAUAAUGAGAAAUGCAUAUUAUAAAUAUAUCAUUCAACAAUUUCAACAGAUACUGAAAGAAUAUUCUUAUCAGAAACUAAUCAAAGUUUAUUUUCUGGUGCCAUACCUACAUAUCCAAAAGAUGCUAAAAUUUAAAUAAAUGAUUAAGCUAUUUAUGGAUAGAACUUAUAAUUAAGAAUAUUAAAUAUUUCCAAUACUCUAGUCAAUCUUAAUAUAAUAAUCAAAAAAUUUGAUUAGUAAAUAAUAUAGAUUCAACCAAGCAAUAAUUCUUUAACUUUAUUUUAAGUUGAAUAAAUAGAAUAAGAAUAUUUGGUAGUUAAAUAAUUUAAUAAUGAUUGGGUUCAAUUAACAUAUUGUUCAGUUGCUAAUUCAACUUGUUAGAUAUUUGAAAUAAUGAAAAAAUUAGAUUAUUUAAGGUAAAAUAAUUCAUGUACUUGGACUUCAUCUAAUACUAUGUUUAUAGCAUAUCCAUAAAUAGAACCAUAUUCUAUUUAAGUUUAUUAAGUUUAAAAUAAAAAAUUAUUCAAUAAUAUCUUCACUACUAAAUAUUAAGUUGAUAAAAUUUAAAAAAGCAAAGAAGUUCUACUUUAUUUAUCAUUAACUAAUUCUACAAUCGCAGCCUACUAUUAUUCUUAUAUUGAUUUAAUGAAUCUAUUUGAGAUUAAUGUCUAGACUAUAUAGGAUUUGGGAGUGAAAUAAUGGACACCUUCAAACAUUCAUGCUAAUCAAUACAGUAACAUAGUAUUUGUUAGAAAUUAGAAUGAUACUGAAGUAAUUAUUUUAAGUUGUUCUUUGAUUGGAUUUUCUAUAAUUGAUAUCUUAAAAUUUGAGAAUAAAGUUUAAGAUAUUUUAAUAUUUGAAAAAUACUUUGCAAUAAUGAUAGACAAUCAAUAUUUAAUAUAUGAUAUGACUCAAUAAGAGAAUAUUCAUUUUGUCAGAUAAUUGUAUUCAUUUGGUUAUAAAAUGAAUACUGCAAUAAGAUAUACAUAUGAUGGAUGGAUUUACAUUAUCUCUGAUAAUAAACUUUUAGUUUAUAAUAUAAAUAAAUUAAAUGUUAAUUCAUUAUGGCAUGUAUUUGAUAAUUUUGAAGAAAGAUUUCUGGCUGCCUUUAAUAAUAAACUAUUUAUAAAAGAGAAUACUAUUAUUGAAUUUUAUGAUCAAUUCUAAUUUUCAUCAAAUUGUAAAAUGUUAAAUACAAUUUUUAUAGGUCAAAUUAAUAUGACAACAUAUAUAUAAAAUUAGAAUUAGAAUAUUAUACUAUCUUCAGUUGAAACUAUUAGAAACAUGUAAACAUCAAUUCAACUUAAUCAAGAUGAUAUUAAUGUGACUACAAGAUUAAGUAAAAAAUAUUAAGACUUUUGUGAUAAAAUUUCAGAUGAUUGGAUUCAAAAUUCAAUUGUAACAAACAUAGAAAUCAAAUGUAGAGAUUGUAAUAAUGAAAUUUAAUUAAAACCAUAUCUAAAUAUAAAUGAAAUAAAUUAUGUUGAAGCUGGUUUAGAUAUUAAAGAAUUGGAUCUUAAUUCAAUGAUCAUUUUGUAUCAAAAUAAAUUUACUAUAUUAUAAAAAGCUAACAAAUAAAUCAUUUAAGAAAUACAAUUUGAUUAUAAAUGCACUUAAAUAUUGUAUUAAUCUUCUUCAAAGAUUCUUUUAAAAUGCAUUAUAUAAGAAUCCUUAUAUAUAAUUUAAUGGAAAUAUAUAAAUAAUACUUUUAAAAUUGAUUAAGAGAAUUUAAUCAUAAAUUCUAAACUAUUAAAUAUUGCUUUAUUUGGUUAAGAUUUGUUUUUGAUUGAAAAAUUUUAAAUUAGUUUUUAUAAAUGUUCUAAUGAAAAUUUUAAAUUAAAUGAAUGUCAAUUAGUUAUAAAUAUACAAUUACCAGGAUAUUAUUUGAAUAUCAUAGAAAUUAAACCUUUUUAUUAUAUUUAUUAUUAUGACUUUUAAUUAAAUAUUUUACAAUUAGAUCCAAAAUCAUCUAUUUAAUAAAUUAAUUAAUAGAAAUAUAUGAUUGAUAUUAAUAAAAUCAUAGAAAAUCAUGGAUUUUAAAAAGUAUAAGAAGAAUGGUUAAAUUUACACAUAAUUAGUUCUAAUAAAAUAAAUGAAACAAUAAAGUAAGAGUUUUUGUUUAUUUCUUAAACAUAUUUACAUUUUUAAAUACUAUUUGAAUUUACUCCAAAAAUAAGUAUAUAAAAAGAUAAAUUAAUUGUAUUCUAAAAUUAUGCAGAUUGGAUUGCUGUAAAAUCAAUUAGCUAUAAAAAUAAGGUGAUAAUUUAAUAUAAAAAGGAUGAAUAAAGCAUCUUAACAUUAUAUAAAUAAGGAUAAUAAGAAGUUAUUACAUAAAUUGGAGGAAUUUAAGUUUAAGCUUAAUCAGAUUCUAAUUUCGAAAUAAUAAGUGAAAUUAAUGAAGUAUUUAAAUUAAUUUAUUUUUAGGUCUUUUUAUAUAGUUUAAAUGAGAAGAAAGAGAAAUUCUAUAAUAAAUAUAUUCUUAAUGAUGAUUUAAAAUUAUGUAUAAAUGGAAAAAUAGAGAAUCAAGAAAUCUAAUUUAAUGUUUCUAAUGGAUUCACUUCAACAGUUUAAUUAGUAUAAAUAGAUGUAGUAUAUGAUUACUUCACAUUCUGGUAAAUAUGGGUACUUAUAUUUGUGAUUUUAAUAUGUUUGGGUAUUGGAUAUUAUUAUUGGAGAAAAAGAUAAAAUGAAAAAAAUAGGAAACUCUAUUUAUUAGAAUGA